AGAAAUUGGUUUAGAUACUUUUUUGAUUACCUACAAUGGAGCCUAUAUUGACCAUCCCUUAAAAAAACAUAGCCCUAUCAUGGCGAUUCUCCCUCUAGCUAACGAGACAGUUAAGAAAAUAUUAAAUGAAAAGAUUAUUAAAGAAAAUUUACUUAAUGUUUUAAUCGAUUCGGCUGACAAGGAAACCAUUUCAACAGGCGAGGAUAUUUACUACCACGAAAUUUUUUUUAACGGCAAUACUUAUCAUGCGACUAACGAUGCUUUACAACAUUUAGGAGACCGAGAUUGCUUACAGUUAGUCCUUGAAUUUAAAAAUGAUAAAGAGAAAAUUGACUCCAUUCGUUCGUUUUUGGGAGAAAAUUAUAAAGCCAGCGUGGACUAUUAUUCAGGAAAAAAAUUAAAAUCAGAAAAAGAAGGAGAUAAAAUUUUGGUGCCGGACCCCGAAAAAGUGAUUUUUAAAAUCCGCAGUUCAAAGGCUGAUAAAGCCGAGGCAGUAGCGAAAUUGGCUGCUUAUUAUAAUAUUGAUAAAUCACGGAUUAUUGCUUUUGGCAAUGAUGUUAAUGAUAUAAAAAUGAUUGAAAAUGUGGGGUGGGGUGUGGCUAUGUCAAAUGGAAAUGACGAUUUAAAGCCUUAUGCUCGCAGCAUUACUAAACUUGACAAUCACCACGGGGGAGUAGCCGAAUAUUUAGUAAGAUACUUUCAAAUGAAAGAAUAUACUAAUAACCACAGACCACAAAAAGCCAAUCAUUACCGAGUUAAUUACUUGGAUAAAUGGCAAAAAGAAAUAAUUAAGCCUAAUUUAGUAGAACUAAUAAUUAUUAAAACUAAUGAAAGCGAAAGAGUGCGAAAUUUACUAAAUAAGGAAAAAAUUAAUUAUCAAGUUUUUUAUGAAAAAGACCAAGAAUUUUCCCAAGAUGAUAAAUUACUCCAAGAAUACCAAGAAGCCUGA